AUGUCCCGCAUAGCCAUAACCGGAGUUACCUCCGUUGUUAUCGGUGCUGGGCUCACGUACAUACUCUACCAAAAUAAUUAUGUUCAACCUCUACCUCCCACGCGCCUCCGCAGCGAGAUUCGAGCCGAAAGAGAGAAGGCAUAUGCUGUGGAGGAAAAGAAGCAGGAAAUAGCCGCAGAAAAUGCAGAGCUUCUCUCAACUCUACCGUAUCAGCAAGACAAGGUCGUCGCAGCGGCUUCAUCGGAUGAUUCAGCUUGGGGAAGCUUCACUACGAAAUUCGCAAUCUUCUCUUCAAUUACGGAUCUACAAUGGGGUGCAGUGACGGACAAGAUUGUGGAUUUUGUUAUGCCAGAUUGGGCGAAGCUUUUACCGGACUAUAUCAGCAAGCUGCAGAGAGAGUUGUCCAUGGCUCCAGGCUCGUUGGCAGAUGAAAUAUGGCAAGAGGCACACGAUCCUUAUAUCAAUCCUGAGAUAGAGUACUCAGCUUCUGUCAGGGUUUCCUCCGAGUUAUGCGAUGAGGAGAAGGAAUUUCUGCAGCGGCGGAAGAAGGUCACUACAACUGCUUUGGCGAAAUAUCUUGGUUUACCAGAGGAGGAAGUGCAUCCAGAAGAUGUGCCGACGAUCGCUAUGGUUGGUUCUGGAGGAGGUCUGAGAGCUUUAGUUGCAGGUACAGGCUCAAUGCUGGCAACAAGUGAAGAUGGGCUUUUCGAUUGUGUCACAUACACAGCGGGAGUCAGUGGUAGCUGUUGGCUACAGUCCAUUUAUCACUCUUCGCUUGGUGGUCGUCGAUUUGAUAAGAUGGUGGAGCAUCUGAAAGCUCGGAUAGGCGUGCACAUUGCGUAUCCUCCUGUUGCCUUAGCUGCUCUAAACUCCGCCCCCACCAAUAAGUUCUUGUUGAGCGGGUUCGUGGAGAAGCUCAAAGGAGAUCCAAAUGCAGAGUUUGGGCUUGUGGAUGUCUAUGGCUUGAUGCUGGCUGCCAGACUCCUCGUUCCGAAAGGAGAAGUAGGCGUCGAUGACAGAGACCUCAAGAUCUCCAAUCAACGCGAAUAUAUCGAGCGAGGCGAUCAUCCGAUGCCCAUCUACACAGCAGUCCGCCACGAGAUACCAAUCAUCGAAGAAGCAUCUGAGACCGAGAAAGCCACAGGCUCUCCAUCGGAAGAGACCAAGACGAAAGCAAGAAAAGAGGCUUGGUUUCAAUGGUUCGAGAUCUCACCAUAUGAAAUGUUCUGCGAAGAAUUCGGAGCUGGUAUACCGACAUGGGCUAUAGGACGCAAGUUUGAGGGCGGUAAAGACUUACCGUAUGAUGAAGAUGGCCUCCGUGUUCCUGAGCUCCGUCUGCCGUUAUUACUGGGCGUUUUCGGCUCCGCCUUUUGCGCCACAUUAUCACAUUAUUACAGGGAAGUCAGACCCCUUGUCAAAGGUUUGGUGGGAUUUGGUGGUAUCGAUGACCUGAUCGAAGGUAGAAAUGACGAUCUGAGCAAAGUCCAUCCAAUUGUCCCAGCGUCCAUUCCGAAUUUUGCGUACAAGAUGCAAGAUAGGCUACCCGAAACAGCACCUGAAAGCAUUCAUAAGAACACGCAUUUGCAGCUUAUGGAUGCUGGAAUGUCCAACAACUUACCUAUCUAUCCGCUACUUCGCCCUGGAAGAGAUGUCGACAUUCUUAUAGCCUUUGAUGCAUCUGCAGAUAUCAAAACUGACAAUUGGCUUUCUGUGGCAGAUGGAUAUGCACGCCAACGUGGCAUCAAGGGGUGGCCAAUAGGAGUUGGAUGGCCGAAACAAAGUGACACCGCGGAGAAAACAGCGGGACAACUUGACGAAGCACAAGCAAGCACAGCGGCAGAAGCAGACUCGAAGCUCGAAGAAGCAAAAGCUGACCAAGCGUCGAAUAGCCAGGAUGACGACGAUUCUGGAGAUCUGGGAUACUGUACAGUAUGGGUGGGGACAACGCAAGAAAGAGCCUCUUCGACCGAGAACGUGAAGUCCAAAGCCGUGAAAGAAGACUGGCAGCUCAUGCAGCCCGAUGCGGGAAUCGCUGUGGUCUACUUUCCAUUCCUCAGUAACCCCAAGGUGGAAGGCGUAGAUCCCAUGACAAGUGACUAUAUGUCGACAUGGAAUUUUGUAUAUACCCCAGAGGAUAUUGACAAUGUUGUGGCACUGGCUCGAGCCAACUAUGAGGAAGGCCGAGAGCAGACGAGAAGGUGUGUACGCGCUGUCUAUGAGCGAAAGAGGAAGAAACGCGAGGAAAGAGAGAACGCCGAAAGAGAACUGAGAUGGAGGAGAAAGGUAAGACUGGGGAUCGUUGGCAAGAAAGGAGAAGGUGACCAUUUUCACCUCACAUGA